AUGGCUUCGGGUUACAUCCUUGCCAUCUACUUCUUGGUGGUCGUCUUCGCCGGCGUCCAGAUCAAGCACAAGAUCAACAACUUCAAAUCACCUCUCAGAAAGGUUCCAGGACCAUGGUAUGCUCCUGUGACAAACUUGCAUCUGCAAUAUCUCUUCUCUACGGGCACCAUCUGGAAGUUGGUGGAGAGGAGCCACAAGAAAUAUGGAGGCAUCGUCAGACUAGGCCCUCGCCAAGUCUGGAUCUCGGACAAGGAGGCCAUGAAGACGAUCUUGGUGAAGACGGAUCUUCCCAAGGUCGCCAUGUACGCCGAGAUUUCUCGUGACAAGUUCAGUCCCGGCCUCUUUGGUGAGAUUCGCCCAGAGCCUCACAAGCGCCUUAAGCGCUUCUUGUCGCCUGCCUUUACCGUCAACUAUAUCGAUAAUCUCGAGACAUUUUUCAAGACAACGGUUCGGGAUCUUCUCAACAAGUAUCAGACUCAAAUCAACGGCGAUCCUGUAUACUACGCCAAGAAGGGCAUUGAGGUCGAUUUGAUGGAUGACCUGCACAAUGUCGCGCUCGAUAUUAUGGGAGAAUGCUCUUUUGGAAAGGGUUUUGGUCAGACUAACCCCGAUAGCAUGAUCGAGGAUGGUGUUGACGAGCGCAUCUGGAAAUCCAUCCCUCGUUCCAUUUUCGACGGUCUCAGCAAGAGAUACCAGACAGUGUACGUCAAGAAGUUCUUCCGGUCCUUUGGUAUCGACAUACAAUUCGACUGGCCUGCCGAGAUGAUCACAGCCAUCGACGCCGUUGUCCAACGCCGUAAGCGCACCUCCGAAGUUGACCGCCGCGAUCUCCUCCAGCACCUCAUCGAAGAAGGCAAGAAGCCUGAUACCGGCACUACCAUGGUGGCCCGUGACAUUGUUGACCAAAUGGCCGAAAUCCUCCUCGCCGGCUCAGAGACCACAUCCGGGACCAUAGGCUGCCUCUUCCUUGAGCUCGCCCGCAACCCCGACGUCCGCGCCAAGCUUUUCGCUUCGUUGCCCGCCAAGGGAUUCAACGAUGAAAUCGUCACCAGCAAGUCAGUCCGCAGCGAGCCCGAGUACGAGUACCUUGAGGCUUGCAUCAAGGAGAACCUCCGCCUGCACCCUAUUGCCUCCGAGAUGGGCCGCCGUACCGGAAACCAGUGGGUUAACCUCUGCGGCUAUGACCUGCCCCCUCACACUGUCGUGUCUGCUUCCUACCGAGACCUGCAUCGCAAUGAGGAGUUCUGGCCCCAGGCUGAGCGCUUUUGGCCCGAGAGAUGGCUGUCGGAGGACAAGCGGGAGGGCGCGCCUGCUCCUGACAUGGAUGCGUACUACCCCUUCUCAGGAGGAAAACACUCGUGCAUAGGCAUCAACUUCGCCUGGGCCGAGAUGAGAAUGGUUGCAGCCAAUCUGCUCCAGAGAUUUGACGUCCUCGAGGUUCCCGGACAAGAUAUCGACUUUAGGCAGUACAUCACCAUGCAGUUUGCUACAGGCCACUGGAAGGUUGUCCUCAAGCCCAGAAACUGA